GCGACACGGCCCCUCUGCUUCGAUCACUUCUCCCCCAUGCAGACUGCGGUGAUCACCUGGGAAGAUAGCCCCGGCGUUCUAUCCGUUGGAGGCCGGUCCGCAGUAGAUUACGUCUAUCACCACAGAGCGCCGCGGACAUGCGAUAAUCCUGUCGAUCAUUUCGUCGAGCAGCGCGAACGUAUCAAGCGGAUGGUUCUCGACUUCCUCUCUCGUAGCGACUUCAAAGCGGUCAAAUGCCCCAAAGAUGCCCAGCUACGCACCAAGCUCGCUGCGGAGAUCCGCUCAUGGACCAUGCACGUCGACCCGCGCAUGCUAGAGAAGAUGCUGGACACGAGCUGCGCCUACGCCGAGACCGCCUUCGGCCACACGUCGUUCGACCACCGCUACUACAUCGCGAUCUACACCGCAUGCAUGCUCUACGGCGAGGACCUUGGUGAGCACGAUCCCGACGCCGUCACGCAAUUCGCCCGCCGCCUCGUCAAGGGCGAGAAGCAGCUCAGCCCAAUCUUCGACCGGCUCGCCGACCUCCUCAAGCAGGCGCACCUCUACUGGAGCGACAUCGGCGCGGACGCGAUCAUCACCGGGACCGUGGACGCCCUCACGGCGACCGCGAUCGAGUUUGCUACGACGGGACUCCCUGUUGCGCCGUCUGCCCUGCGUUAUCCGUACUACCUCCGGACACGCGCUGGAGGAGGACCGCAAUACACUCAUUUCAUCUUCAUGCGGAGCUGGCGGGAGAAGGCAGACACGUAUCUACAGAUCCUUCCGGAAAUCGAGCACUGGACUCUGGGAACGAAUGACAUUUUGUCCUUCUACAAAGAAGAGCUUGCGGGCGAAACGAGCAACUACGUCCAUCUGCGCGCAGCUGCCGAGCAAGUCUCACCGUGGGAGGUCCUUCGCGACCUCACUGAAGAAGUUCUUGAUACCGCUCGUCGCAUUACCGAGAUCGUCUCGAGAGACCCUGAACUCGGCGCGCUAUGGAACCGGUACCUUCAGUGCUACCUCGAGUUUUCGGUGCGAACGCCAAGAUAUCGGCUUGCUGAUCUUGGACUUGCCUGAACGUGUCCAUUCGCGAUACCAUAUCAAUCGUGACCCAUCAUAGACGCUUCAAUGUUUAAUAUGUGUCCAGAUUUCAAAAAAUUGCCCAAGUACUCCUAUACAUGACGAUACAUGCACACUCGGGCCGGAUACGAGUACCAUACUGUGCUCAUUGCACAACGUUGACAACGAAU